AUUCGACACACUGCUAACCUUAUGCCGAACCUUAAACCUAAAUUAAGAUCAGAAAUUUACGUUUUUGUUUUCAUGACAUUUUACGAUAGGCCUGUAGACAAUUUAGACUUUGUGGCUGGGUUUUCUAAUAACCAGAGAGGCUGGGGGGGAGGAGUUUACUCCAAGUGCCUGAGCAAAUGUGAAAGUGAAAGUCUCAGUAUAGGACUGAGGUGUAGAUUGUUCUGUAAAAACGCGUAGAUAUGCACAUAUAGUGACUAUUAGAGUGGUUAUAGAUUUAAAUCAACUAUUUUGAAUUUGAAGUGGAGGAUGUGAAGACCAGUAAAGUUAAUAUGGCAGAGUCCAGAGUUCAUAAUCAGUUUAAACUCACCUCAAAAAACUAUGUGGAGGCUGAUGUUGGUGAAGAGGUCACCCUCCCCUGUCACCUCUCACCUGACACCAGUGCUGUUGCCACGACGAUCAGGUGGUUUAAAGGGACAGAGUGUAUUUACCUGUAUAAGAAUGGCCAGGUGACAGAGAGGAGUGGCUAUAAGGGCAGAGUGAGUCUGAUCACCCAGGAGCUGGAGAGAGGCAACGUGUCUCUGAGGCUGAGAGACUUCAGGUGGUCAGAUACAGGAUUCUACAUCUGUCAGGUCAUCCAUGGAGAACAGAAGGAGGAGGCUGCAGUGGGUUUAAGGGACAGAGAAGGUAAGUGUUCUAGAACUCCAGUAAUGUUUCUAAACACCUAAACAACAACAAUAACAACCAGUCUCUUUCCCUGUACAGAACACUUGUACUUUCUCAUGUAGGUAGGAGUUCAUAGUAGGAGUUACAGAUGAAUAGACUAGAUUCAUUCUGAAUAUCAACUAGUUACAAUGCAUAUUACCAUCACUCUGAGCUUUGAGCUGGUCCUAAAGCAUUAGAACCAUUCCAACAUUACUGUCACGUCCCUUGAUUGUC